UCAUUGUCAUCAGGAAUGUUCUCCCCCUCGCUGGCUAGGGGCUCCUCUCGUGAAGCCAAGCAUACCUCGAAUCCCUUAAAUUCGCCUACGCCAUCCAUUAUGAGCUCCCCAAAACUUUGGCAGAAAGCCUCAAUCUCAAGACUUGCAGAGGAGUUUUUCUGGAUUGGUGGCAGUGUGGUCGCACAGCCUAAAUGGAGGCUGGGUCAGAUAGUGGAGAGGUGCAUGUACACAAUGCAGACUGGCACUCAGAUGACCAAACUGAAGGGAAAGAAGAAAGGACUUGUGCGAUUCUUUUACCUGGACGAGCACAAGUCCUGCAUCCGAUGGCAGCCUUCCAGGAAACAUGACAAGGCCAAAAUAACUAUUGAUUCCAUCCAUGAAGUCUGCGAAGGGAAAAAGUCAGAGAUGUUCAGGCGGUACGCAGACAACCGCUUCGACCCAAACUGCUGCUUCAGCAUUUACUAUGGGGAGCGUGUGAAGUCCCUUGACCUGGUCUCCACCAACGCAGAGGAGACCCGCACCUGGAUCACAGGGCUGAAAUACCUCAUGGCUGGUAUCAGUGAUGAAGACAGUUUGGCCCGGAGGCAGCGCACACGUGAUCAGUGGUUACAGCAGACAUUCUCUGAGGCCGACAAAAAUGGAGACGGCACCUUGAGCAUUGGAGAGGUUCACCAGCUGCUCCAUAAACUCAACGUGAAUUUACCCAAGCAGAAAGUCAGACAGAUGUUCCAAGAAGCAGACACAGAUGAGAACCAGGGCUCUCUGGGAUUUGAAGAGUUCUGUUCAUUCUACAAGAUGAUUUCUACGCGCAGAGACCUCUACCUGAUAAUGAUCUCCUACAGCAAUCAAAAAGAAGUCAUGGAUCUACAUGAUCUUGCCCGCUUUCUGGAAAAUGAACAGAAGAUGCGAGGUCUAGCCAGAGAACAUCUAAUAGACAUAGUGGCCAAAUUUGAGCCAUGUCCUGAGAACCUUCAGCGUAUGGUCCUGGGUAUUGAUGGUUUCACCAACUACAUGCGAAGUCCUGCAGGUGAUAUCUUCAACCCUGAACACAACCAGGUGAACCAGGACAUGACGCAGCCUCUGUGUAACUACUUCAUUGCCACAUCGCACAACACCUACUUGACUGGAGACCAGCUGCUGUCUCAGUCUAGAGUGGAAAUGUAUGCCUAUGUUCUCCAGGCUGGUUGUCGCUGUGUGGAGGUGGACUGCUGGGAUGGGCCAGAUGGGGAGCCCAUUAUCCAUCAUGGUUACACCCUGACAUCAAAAAUCCUCUUCAAAGAGGUCGUUGAAACAAUUAACAAAUAUGCCUUCACCAAAUCACCGUACCCAGUGAUUUUGUCUAUAGAGAACCAUUGCACUGUGCCUCAGCAGAAAAAGAUGGCUGAGUACCUGAAGGAGGUGCUACAGGACAAACUGGACCUGUCCAAUAUCAAUGUGUAUGAAUGCAAGAAGCAGCCUUCCCCUGAAAUCCUGAAAGGGAAAGUUUUAGUCAAGGGAAAGAAGCUACCUGCAAACCUUGAUCCUGAUGCAGAGGAAGGAGAUGUGUCUGAUGAAGAUACUGGGGAUGACGAAGAAGAGGAUGAUGAUGAAGAGGAUAACUUACAGGAUGGGAAUAACCUUACCUCUGCCAGUCAACCUAAAAAGAAGAGGCGAUUUGCCAGAUCGAUCAUAAGGAGCUUCAAACGAAAGAGGAAAAAGAGAAUCCGAAUAAAAAGUAAAACUGUGUCAGAUGGAGAAUCAGACAUCAGCAGCAGCAAGGAAAGGACACAAAUUGUUUACCAUACGAAGAAGAGGAAAACAAUGAGGCUUUCCCGAGCUCUGUCUGACCUAGUCAAAUACACCAAAUCUGUCCGUGUGCAUGACAUAGAAACACAAGCAUUUGCAAACAGUUGGCAGGUAUCAUCCUUGAACGAGACCGUUAUGAACCAGAUCUUACAGCUGAAACCAGGUGAGUUGGUCCGUUUCAACCAGCGCCAACUACUCAGAGUCUACCCAUCAAACUACAGAGUUGACUCGAGCAACUUCAACCCACAACCAUACUGGAAUGCAGGAUGCCAUAUGGUUGCAAUGAAUUACCAAACAGAGGGACGUAUGCUUGAACUGAACCGAGCCAAGUUUUCAAGCAAUGGAAACUGCGGAUAUAUUCUAAAGCCUAAAUGCAUGUAUAAAGGUGCCUUUAACCCGAAUUUGGAGGAGCCUCUACCAGGACACAAAAAGACUCAAUUAAUACUGAAGAUCAUCAGUGGACAGCAGCUUCCUAAACCCAAAGACUCCAUGUUUGGGGACAGAGGAGAGAUUAUUGACCCCUUUGUGGAGGUUGAGAUAAUUGGUCUACCUGUUGACUGUACAAAGCAGCAGACCAGGGUGGUGGAUGAUAAUGGUUUCAACCCCAUGUGGGAGGAGACUCUCGUCUUCAAUAUUCUUAUGCCACAAGUUGCCCUUGUGCGUUUCCAAGUGUGGGAUCACGAUCCUAUUGGUCGAGAUUUCAUUGGACAGAGGACUGUAGCUUUGACCAGCAUGAUGCCAGGUUAUCGGCAUGUGUACCUGGAGGGGAUGGCGGAGUCAUCCAUCUUUGUUCAUGUCGGUAUCAGUAAUAUGUUAGGAAAGAUUAAACCCACAAAUGCUGUGAAGGUAGCCAGGAAACACUUCCAAAAAGCAGCCCAUAAACAUAUGAAGGGUCAUCAAAGGCAUCCUUCUAUAGACUUCUCCGUGCAGUCCUCAGAAGACGGACGUGCACUCUACUUCGGGAAGGAUAUGGACUCCAUCUCUCAGGACAGCAGGAAUGGAGAAAUGUCUUUUCUUGUGCAAGGACCAGCAGGCAAGGCUGCCAUUCACAACUGGGCCAUGAGUGAGCCAGUGAGGCGUGCUCAUAGAGUUAAAAUUCAUGAACCGCCAGAGACAAGGAGAGGGCUCUACAGCCGGAUGUCCUCUACUGAAUCACAGCAAGUGGUGGUGGCUCCUCGUGUGAUAGCAGACGUCUUUGACCUUGAUUCCUCUUCCCAGGCUUCGUGUCCAAAUAGUCCUGGCCCUGACACUCAAAACCCAAUUCCAGCUGAGUUGGAGAAUGAACCUAAAUCACCACAAACAAACUGUGCAGAGCAGCAGACAGAAAUUUCACUAAUUCAGAAAUCUGAACCAGAGAAGCCUGAACCAUCCGAGGAAUUACCAAUAGAAACAGAGCCAGACAAUGAAACUGCCCCUGAACCAGAACAACCAGUAGAAACUGAUUCGGUCCCUGAGCCUCAGCCCGUGCCACACCCUGAAGCCAAAUCCUUUCCACUUAUCGCCCCGUCAUCCCCACCCAGGGUCAGACGGACCUUGGAAGCUCCAGCCACCCCCCGACCACCCACCCCAAUACGAAAAAAGGCCCGCUCACGCAGUUGCCCUCGUAAACCAACUACCUCCCCUCAUACACCAAUGGUUAACCGCAGGCCUGCUCACCAGUGGCAGACACAGCGAGCACAAAGCUAUGGCAGUUACAGCAAGCAUGUGAGACCCAUACCCAACGGCCUCUGCCUGUCUGACAGCACAUCCAGCAGCGGUGGCAGCACGGACAGUUUGGAGUUUGUGCCCUCCUGUGUGUUAGCUGGUGCAGAACAACGUGAGGGCACCUUGCAGAGGGAGAUGAAGGCCCUUUUUGAUCAGAAGAUGAGGGAGAUCCGCUGUAAAUCACCACUUUUUCCAGAUGAUGAGUUGUGA